AGCAUGGGUGAGGAAGAUGAAUAUGCGUGCGUGAACAGAGCGCAAUUAAAGAUCAAGGAUAAUUCUGGAGUUAAGAAGAAGAAGAAAAAGAAGCACAGCAAGGAAACAGAAAAAGCUAUAGAGAACGAAGUCAAAGAGCAAAUCAAAAAACAAACUGUGAAAGAUACUAAGACAAAAGCUGAAUUGGCGUUUUUAAAGAUGCAGGAAAAAAUGCAAAAGCAAAGAAUUUUACAAAAGGCAGAGAUGACUCAUAAGCAGCGUGUGGAGAAGUUCAACCAGCACCUAGACAGUCUUACAGAGCACUUUGAUAUCCCCAAAGUAUCCUGGACUAAAUAGACAUUUCUGUUUAGGAUAUUUUUACUGUAUAAGGAAAUCAUUAGUGACAUUUGUAGUUUUAUUCUAUACAUAGUACACUAUAAUUUUCACCUUAAAUUACACCAUAGAGUAUAUAACCAGAAAUAGAGACAAAAUGUAAUUUAAUUUGUUUGAAAACUAUUUACCAUAUCAUUACUGUGACAAUUGUGCUCCGAUUGGC